CGUAGAACCCCCAAAACCCUCGACGAGCGCAGCUUCUGCGGAAGCUCAAUCCUCUGACAGAUUGAUCAUCAAUGGUGAAACGACGUCGCGAGCCGGAUUUCAAUGGCGCCAAUACAGAAACGGCGGAUAAUCGGACGGUGUUUGUCGACACCAGCCUCGAUACCCACCUCGCCGUCACCGUAUCCAACUCCGAUACAGUAUCCGAUUUCAAAAGGAAGACAGCGUUGGAACAUAUGCGGUGCUUCCCGGAAAUCGGGGAGAUACAUAUCCAUUCUUUAAAGGUAAAACGUAGAGCGGUCUUUUACCACCUGCCUGAAACUAUGCUUGUUAGGAGUGCCCUUCAAGCGGGAAACAGUAGUUGGUUUCUUUCAGCUGAUGCUUCCGCCACUCCCGCGCGUCAGUUAAAUCAAAAUUCCUUACAGCUUGAUCCAAGCUACGGUGUUAAGAUGGACGCAAAGAAUAUUGAUGAUAAUAAUUGCAGAGAUUUGUUGCCUGUUGUAAAUGUGUUGCAAGCCCUUCCAAUGCCCUUGCCAGAUGGUGUUAGUGAAAAGAAUUUAGCUUCAGAAAUGAUUCCUGCAUGUGAGGUCGAUAAAUCUUUGGAAAAGGCAAUUGAAAUUCCGAGCAACAGUUAUUCAGAGGAAGAUUGUAUCGGAACUGGUGAGUCUCGUGCAAAGAAGAAGCGGAAAAUAAGCCACACAGAAGAUGUAUGUUGUGAUCCUAGUUUGAAAGAUACGUUCGCCUUGUCUCAUUUAUCCGGUAAUGAUAUAUCACUAACCGAGACUGUGGGCAGUGGAAAUUCAACGGUUGAUGCAGUAAAAGAAGCUACUGGAGAUAUUGUACUAUACCAGCAAAAUGAAAAACCUAAUACGUCUAAUGCAACCGAUGAGGUUUCAGGUUCGAGGAAUGAUCAAUGUGAUAUUGAGAGCGGGGUUGGGUUGGAGGGUAAAUCUGCACCUGAUACAGCAGAAGAGGGUAAGUUAGGGAGCACUAUGGAAUCUCAGAAUAUUCUAGAUUCUGACACAAGGAAAGAAAACACUUUGUUAGAGGGUACAGUUCCUGAAGAUUUGAUGGCCAGCAAACUGGAGUAUGAACUUGGCCAAGAUGUUAUUAUCGAACAUUCAGGGGGUGUCUCUGUUAGAGUUCCAGAUUCUAGUGGUGCAAUGGAAGAUGAUGUUAUUUCUGAUGGAAGUCAGGCGAAUAAAAUGGAAGCCCAGCAAAUCCAGGAUACCACAGAUAUGGAGCAGACAGCAAAAGAUGAUAGCAUUAAUCCAUGUACUGAAAAUCACGAAGUUGAUAAAAUGGAAGUAGAAAAGGGAUUGUCUCUAAAUUGUGAUCGUGAAAUUUCAACGCUGUUGAACAGCAAAGAUUCAGACCAUGCUGAUCCAGAUUUAAUGCCAAAUGAAGCAAGUUUGUCGUCACAUGUUUGCCAUGCAAAUGUCAUUGUGGAACCGGAUUCUAGUGGUGCAAUGGGACAUGUCAGUUCUGAUGAAAGUAAGAAGAAGAAAAAGAAAGCCCAGAAAAUGGCCAAACCUGAAAUCUCUAGUGGCGGUAGGAAGAAGUCGAAAAGGAAGGGAAAGAAGGAAAAGAAAUCUGCCACCAGUAACAUAGAAAAGUCAGGCAUUGAACAAACUGAUAAUGGUGGCAUUGGCUCGUCGGAGUUGCUUUGUGCUCCAACUGAUCCUAUCCCAGAAGAAACUCACAAGGAAGAAAGCAUAUUGUACCAUAAAGAAAUGGAUGUCAACAUAGCAUUGUUGGAUAGUUCCACUCAAGAUCCUAAUGAGGAAGUCAAAGAUACUGAUAAAAAAGAGGCAGAGUUUUCUAUAUUGACUCAAACUAAGCAAGCUUUGGACGGUGUGGACACUGGGAACAAAACGGUAGAGGAGAAGACCCAACUUUCUGCUGCUCACGCACAUUUGCCUGCUGUAGUAGAGUUCACUGAUGUGGAGAAGGAUAUCAAGACUUCAGAGGGUAAGAUUGAAAAAUCCAAACGAAGAAAGAAGAGAAAACACGCUGAAUCAGAUGUCCAAGAGAAUUUGCCAUCCAAGGAUCAAAAGGUUGAUAUUGAAGCAUUAACAACAGAGGAAAAUUUAAAUGGUUUUGUAAAUUCCGAACAGAAGAGAGGUCAUGAAGCCUCCUUGCAAGUUCUAUCCAGUAAAGGUGAAGAGAAGCUUGAGGAGAUACAUACGGCUCCUGUGAUUACUGAUGAUCCAGCUAAAACUUCCGAAAAUGGAGGUGUAGGCAUUAACUUCAAGGAAUACUUUUUGCCUGGCCAAAACAAAGAGAUAACUGAUUCUGGCGAUAAAACUGAAGAAAUGAGAACUUCGAAAAACGUUAGAGAUGACGUUUUACCUUCUGUUGGCGUCUCAACUGACUUACAUAACUCAAUCAAGAAAACUAAGAGUAAGAGAAGUGAGAAAAAAACUCGUGUAACAAAGGAUAGUGGGAGUAGGCAGGGAGACUCCGCACAGAAUUGUGCUUUUGAUGAAGUAAUCUCUAAACCCUCCAAAAGAUCUUCUAAAAGUAGGGUGAACGAAAAGAACCCAUCUUUGGAUAAAUCAAGCUCGAAAAAGACCGAGACAUUUCACGAAAGGAGAGGAAAUAAGAGAUUACAUUCGAGUCUGAAUGUAACUGAUAAAUUGGUGAUGAAGACUUCGAAGAAAAAGAGUAUGUUAACCAUACCAGGAGCAAUUUUUCAGGAUAAUAGUGGUGAAAGUUCUGCUGAUGAUAAUGGAAAUGUGCAUUUGAAAGGUAGCAUUGCCAGUCCACCAGACAGCUCAUCCGAGUCAGACAACGCGAUAGAGAAAGGAUCAAAUGAUGUUGAAGGGAGAUCUACUGGUCGAAAAAGCAUUUCAGAAGUGGACAUCUCUGCCUCGAAGAAUAUGACAAUGGAUUUGAUAUUGAGAAGCUCUAAGCGGUUCAAAAAGGCAAAGCUCAAUGCCUAUGACAAUGGAUAUGAUGAUUCUGAGAAUCUCGAAGAGGUUCAAGAAGAAGGUAAAGCAGCAGAUAUAGGUCUCUCAAAAUAAGUCGAGCUCGAAUUUGUUCCUGAUAACUCCUCAGAGGUCAUUUUGUCUUGCCCCACGUAACCCCCUUUUUUUUUUAAGCUAAGUUGUGAGUUAAAUUCGAGAACCUCCUGUGUCCACAAAUGUAAUCUUAUCUUUCAUAUUUUUUGUCUUGUUCCUUAGAGGUUGAUGCAAUGCGAGUCUAUUCCUGGUUCGAAAACGAGAAAGCUUGUCUGUUUGUUUUUUCCUCAUUUUGUGGAACGAUUAUCGAUUUUGUGCCGUUUUGAGAGGGCGUAAAAGGGAAAGCGCUUUUUUUUUAG